CAAAUGGUUAACUUACGAGAACUAAUUUCUCUGAUUCUAGAAGUUUGUAUUUCUUCAACCCUUAUAACUUGGGGUCUUUAAUUCUACACACAGUUGUUAUUGUGUUUUUCUCUUUGAGAUCAGAAAUGGAAUGGAACCGUAGCAGAAAAAUGGAGGGAGUGAGGUUUGAAGCAGAAGCUUGUAUCUGUCUCAGUUUUUGAAAAUGUCAAUGGCAAGCGAAUCAAGUUGGGUGGGGAGGAAGCCGGUGAAACGCAUUGGGGGAAUGCCCGAUGCUCUAUCAUUUGCUGCUGAUCUUGGUUUCUCCAUGUCCCCUCCCCCAUCCCAGGAAGAACUUCAGAAUUCAUCUCCUACAACUGGGGAAAAGGGCGAGGACUUGAUCAGGGUUUUGAGAGAACUAACUACUGUCCAAAGAAAAAUCGCAGACUUGCAAGUUGAACUUCAAGGUCGAAAGGAUGACAAAAAUGUUGCACAUUUGACUCAUGUGAGUGAAAUGGAAAAGAAGACUGAGACAUUGGACACGAUUACUACUAUACUCAAAGAUGUUAUUCAGAACAAGGACCGCAUUAUAGCUCGCUUGCAGCAGCCAUAUUCCCUUGAUUGCAUUCCUGUUGAAGCAGAGUAUCAGAAACAAUUCUCUGAACUACUGAUGAAGGCAGCUAGUGAUUACGGUGCUUUGACAGCUUCAGUUGCAGAUUUUCAGUGGAGUCAGAAUUUCAAAGAACCUCCUUCAGUUUUGGGGGAAAUGCUUCGACUCAUUCCUGUAGCUUUGGCAUCUUGCACUCGGUUCUUUGAAGCCAUGUCUGCCACAAGAGAGUCAUUUGCAACACUUCAGAAACUGAGAUUGGGCCAUUUUGAUUCCCAAAGGGUACCGGGAGUUUCUUAUUGUUUAACCCCACCUCCAUGGAAAACUGAAGCAAAUUAUAACGACUUAGGAAUCACAAACCAAAGGAGGAAACACCUAGAUCAGGUGGAAGAUGUAAACAGCCAGGUCACUCAGAUUCAUCACAAUAUUUGUACGUACAAGAAAAAAGUUGUUCGACACCAUUUAACAACUUGUAUAAAGAUAAAAUAGUUUUAAU